AUGAUUCGAACUUUUGUCCGUGAUGCCGAAAAACGCGCCAUCGUCGUCCGUUUGCUGGACAGCGUCAACAUCAUUUGCCCCCAGUACAGCCGGCGUACGCCGGUAAAUCGGGUAGAACAAUCGGUCAUUUACUUGGUUGAACAACGUGCCUAUGACAAGUGCAUGAUCGACAACACGGCCAGGCUGGUCGGCCUGUGCACAACUCCCUAUCGCUCUCAGAUCAUUACAAUUGUCUUCCGUGACUUCACACCCAGUCCCAGUGGUCUCGAGUUCAUGCCUAACCGGCCGUAUUUCCUCAUU